UGUCAUCUCUCCCCUAGCAGUAAAACUACAGAUGCUUUGGCCUUAAACAAAACUAAUUUCAUAAAUUUUUGCAGUAAAUAUAGUUUAAUUGUUCAAAAUUCCUGUGUAAAUCCAUAAGUUGGGUGCCUAAAGAUGUUUACGCCCAACACGAACAACGCCAUUGGAGGCGGCACUGCUGCUCCCGGCGCUUUCGCUUUUGGCGCGCGACCGGCGACGACGACUGCUCCGCCUCCAUCCUUUGGAGCAGCCACCUCUACGCCCACCUUCGGUGCUGCUCCGGGCACCACCUCCUUGUUUGCAGCUCCGGCGGCCACACCGGCCUUUGGGGCACCAGCUGCUACGCCGGCUUUUGGAGCGCCUGCGUCCACGCCUGGUUUUGGCGCCACUUCCACUGCGACGCCGGCUUUUGGAACGGCUGCUGCCACGCCCGCUUUUGGCGUACCAGCAGCAACGUCGGCUUUUGGAGCUCCAGCUGCCACGCCCGCUUUUGGAGCUCCAGCUGCCACGCCCGCCUUUGGAGCAACCGCCGCUACGCCCGCUUUUGGCGCAACCGCCGCCACGCCCGCUUUUGGAGCACCCGCCGCCACGUCCGCCUUCGGAGCACCCGCAGCGACAACUGCGUUUGGAGCGCCAGCUUCCACGCAAGCAUCGGCCUUCGGAGCACCUGCACCAGCCGUGGGCACUGUGGCUCCCACUUUCUCCUUUGCCACUCCGGCCACUAGUGCGCCGACCACCGCGCCGCCGGCCUUUGGAUUCGGCACCACCGCCACAACGGCGGCAGCUGCGAUGCCAGCAUCCCUCAGCUCCGGAAUUGGAUCGUUUGCCUUCCCCAAGCCACAGGCCACCACGGCGGCCAGUUUGAACUUUAACACAACCACGACGACGGCGACGGCGCAGCCCUUCAACACGGGUCUAAAACUGGGAACCACCAAUGCGACGACAACCCUAGGAGGAGGAGGAAUCUUUAGCAAGCCAGCGGGUCAGGCAGCUGCCCCGGCAGCAUCAACUUUUGUGGGUCUGGGUGGGAUCGAUGUGACCGCCACGCAACCAAAGCUGGGGGACAACAAGCAGGAUGGCAUCAAGAUUAAGGAAACCAAAGUGCCCGACGAGAUAAUAAAAACGGUGGAUGGCCUAAAGGCGUAUAUCAAGCAGCAGAAGACGAUCUCCUCCGACAUUGGACGGACUUCCACGUCCAAAUUCACGAAUGUCAGCCACGAGAUCACGAACUUGAAGUGGGCGCUGCAGAAUAUGGCCACUUUAGUGGAGGGCAGCAAUCAGCAGAUCCGCCUGAUGCGCCAAGAGACCGUCAAGGCGAUUCAAUCUCUGGAGAUGGCCCAACGCACGCAGGACACCCCAGCCGGUCUGCAGUUCGAGAACAAUGCUCCGUUCCAGUACUUUCAGUGCCUGGUGGCGAAGUACGAGCAGGAUUUGAUCGCCUUUCGCCAGCAGAUCGCUCUGACCGAGCGCCACAUGCACGCGAUCUCCAAUCCGCAGAGUAUUUCGCCGGAUGAUCUGAAGCGUGGCUUCCGCCAACUGAAUGAGAGUUUCAUCUCGCUGGCGGGACGCCUCCACGAGGUGCAUCAGCGGGUGGAGGAGCAUAAGGAGCACUACCUAAACCUCAGACGCUACCGCCUGCGAGACACCACCAACGUUUUCGAGCGGAUCGACAAUCCUCCGCUGCCGUCGGUGGAACCUCAACGGAUUAGCAGCGGUCCAACGCCCUUCUCCAACAUAUCGGCUCUGAUGAACAAGUCCUAUGCAACGGCGGCCAGUUCCGCCACCAAUGCCACAGGCAAUUGAGAAUGCCACUCUUUACAAGUUUCAAUAAAUCGUUAUGUCGAAAGGGGCCUAGA